AUGGCAUAUGGCGGCGAUGCUCCAUCUGCCGUCACGGCCAUGUGGGUGUUGACAGUUCUGACACUGGUAUUUGUCGUCCUCCGCACCUAUACAAGAGCCCAUGUCGUCAAGGCAUAUGGUAUCGACGACCACGUCUACAAUCUGGCAUUUAUCCUCCUACUCUGCUACGUAAUCUUCAUUACCAUCUCGGGCCACUACGGCUUUGGCAAGUCCAUGAUCGACAUACCCGAGGCCGAAGACGCCGUGCGCGCCGUACUGUUCGAGGCCAUUGGGCAGACGUUUGCCGUGGUCGGCAUGGCCGUGGCCAAGUGGUCCCUGGGCCUGUUCCUGCUGCGGCUCGUCACCGAGCCCUGGCACAAGGCCGCCAUCUGGACCGCCAUGUGCGUGCUCAUGUCGGCCUCGGUCAGCGUCUGCUUCGUCUUUUGGCUGCAGUGCUCUCCGCCCGCCUACCUGUGGGACAAGCGCAUUGUGGGCGUCUGCAAGGUCAAUAGCACGCCUGUCAGUAUGCUGCUGUGUAUCUUGUGUGUCAUGGUUGAUUUCUUCUUUGCCUUGUUCCCGUGGUUGUUCAUCUGGAAGUUACAGAUGAACAAGAGGGAGAAGCUCGUUAUCCUUUCCAGUAUGAGUCUGGGUGUCAUUGCCGGCGCAUGCGGCAUCAAACGUACGCUCGAAGUCCCCGAACUGUCAAGUCCCGACUACUUGAAGGCCACAGUCGGUCUGAUUGUGUGGUCUGCCGCUGAAAUCUCAGUCACCAUGAUCUGCAUCGGCAUCCCUAUCUGCCGGCCCCUGUACCGGACAUUUCUGGAGAAACUCACAUCGCAGCUCUCGGGCAAUGGAGCUUCGGGCAACAGUCGUGGGGCCGGCAGCGGCAUCAAGACCUUGGGAGGCUGGUUCCCAAGUCACAGUCCCAAAUCAUACGGCCUGCGCACCUUGGGCAGCUCCGAGUACCAAGGUCAACACGCCCACGACGACGACAACGACGAAGACCAUCAUCACACGGCCGUGGAGCUCGAGGGCGGCAAAGCCGUGAUGGAACAGGAAAGCGUCUUUGCCCAGCCGGAUCAUCAGUCCGAGACCAGCUCAAGCCCGGGCGUAGUAGGCAGCUAUACGGGCACCAAGACCUUUGCCGUCAGCACCGGCCGUAGGCACAGCGACGAAGACAGCGAGCAGGAGAUUCUCGGUCUCCAAGUUGAACAUCAUAAUUGUAACAAGACGGAUGGACACAACAGAGAUCGUCGCCAUGCAAAGACCAUCAAGGUUACGGAGGAGUAUCAGGUUACUAGCAGCACGCGUCGCUUCAAUUGA